GAGAGAAUUUAUUAUUUCGAAAACCCUCUAUUCUUAUUUCUAACGGCUAUUUCCAUUUCUAUCUCUAUUUUUUUUCUUCUUCUCUCUUCUUUCUCUACAAAUUCAACGCACUCUCUCCUUCGUCCAGUUCACUCUGAACUAAACCCAUCCUUUCAAUGGCGUCCACACAAUCCGCCUUCACAGAAACCAUUACGGGUCCGAAGGUUCGGGUAGUAGCAAAGGUUCGUGGGUUUUCGGAUCCAGAUACCAAUUUCGAAACCUCCAAAACUGUGGACUGGGUUUCGGUGAACACCGAAAACUCCGGGGAAGUUACCAUAUCCUUUAAAGAACAAUCUUCUAGUCGGUAUUCAGUUGACUACUGCUACAACGAACAUGAAGAUAAUGAAGUUAUCUAUUCAAAGGAGGUGAAACAUCUUGUUUCGGCUGCUUUUGAAGGUAUUAAUAGCACGGUUAUUGCUCAUGGAGCUAGAGGCAGUGGCAAAACUCGACUGAUUCAGGGCUCUUUGGAGAAAUUUGGUUUGGCAAUGCUGGCUAUUUCGGAGUUUCUCUCAGUGGCCGAGAAAAAUGGAAAAUCUAUAGCAGUUUCUUUCUAUGAGGUUGAUAAUCAAGACCAUGCUGCUGAUUUAUUAAACCCGGAACAAUCACCAAUUUUAGUGCUUGAAGAUCACGGAAGAAUUCAGUUUAAAGGACUUACUCAUACUACCGUAAAAUCCAUUGCCGAGUUUCAGAAUUUAUACAUCACAGCAUGUUCUGCACACACGGCUGCACCCAAAAAAGGAUUUGAGCGUGCUCGUAGAAGCCACUUGGGAUUAAUUGUCCAUGUCUUUGCACAGAAUGAAAGUAUAAACAGUCUUGUGAGCAAAAUGAAUUUUGUGGAUAUGGCAGGUUAUGAAGAUGCUAGAAGGAAAAACGGUGAUGCUUCUGGUGUUGCUGAGAAUAACAAAGUUAACAAGUCAAUUUACGCCUUACUGAAUGUUUGUCAUGCUUUGAGCGCAAAUGAAAGUCGUGUUCCCUUUCGGGAAAGUAAACUCACACGCAUGUUGCAGGACUCCUUGAGGGGAACUAGCAAAGUUUUGUUGGUUUCGUGCUUGAACCCAUCAUUUUGCCAAGACACUGUGUACAUGCUUAGCUUAGCAUCACGGUCAUGUCAAAGGUCUCAUCGGACGCCCUUUGGUUCCACGACGAAAACUGCUAGUUCAACCAGACAGACAGUGAACUUCGAUUCCACAAAGAAAAUUGCAAGUUCAGCAAGACAAACAGUUACCUUAAAUUCCUCAAAGAAAAGUGCAAGUUCAGUAAGACAGACAGUUACCUUAGAUUCCACAAAGAAAACUGCAAGUUUAGUAAGACAGACAGUAUUAACCUUAGAUUCCAUAAGGAAAAGUGCAAGUUCAAUAAGACAGACAAAAACCUUAGAUUCAACAAGGAAAAGUGAAAAUUCAGUAAGGCAGACAAAAACCUUAGAUUCCACAAAGAAAAGUGCAAGUUCAGAAAGACAGACAGUGGCCUCAGUUUCCGCGAAGAAAAGUGCAAGUUCGGCGAUGCAGUUCGUGACUAUUCGUAAAAACAAGAUACCCAAAAGUGUUUCUGCAUCAACAAAGGAAUUACCAUGUUCCAUAUCUCAUAUAUAUGAUGAAGAAACAUGUGUUGUUGCUAAGAAGUCUGAAGUACAAGGAAGGAAAUUGUUUGAUGAAGUCAGCCACUCUGCUGCUAAAGCCGAGAAGGUUGACUCAUCUUUGAAUGCUAGAAGUGAAGUGGAACUUGAUCCCAUAGUGGAAAAGGUUACUUCUUUUGAGGAUAAAGAGGAUAUGCAUGCCCCUUAUAUCAUUAAUUACUCCAAAGAUUUGUCAAUAGCUAACGAAGGUCUUAACAUGAACAAAGAGAACAACAACUUAAUGGAAAAUGAAGAUUGUUCUCCACCCAUUAGUUCUCAAUUGCGUGAACUUCAAUCUCUCGUUUCAUCAACUCCAUUAUGCAUGCAGUUACCAGAGGAGAAAUUCAUUGCACUUGAUGAUGAUCAGAUUUCCACUGAAACUGCAGAACCAAGAACUCCUGAUACCGAAAACCUAGAUGUAUUGAAUACUAAAAGUUUUUGGGAAACAUUCAACAUGCAUCGUUCUGGAAUGGUGAAUUCUACUGAAGGUACAAAACAAAGAACUCUUGAUAUUGAAAUACGAGAUGUAAUGAAUGCCAAAAGUCAUUGGGAAACACUCAACAUGCAUGGUUUUGGAAUUGGAACGAAGAGUUCUACUGAAGUUACCGAACCAAGAACUCUUGAUAUUGUAAUGAAUGCCAAAAGUUCUUGGGAAACAUGCAACCUGCAUGGUUCUGGAGCGAAGAAUUCUACUGAAGUUACAGAACCAAGAACUCCGGAUAUUGACAUACGAGAUGUAAUGAGUACCAAAAGUCCUUGGGAAACAUUUAACUUGCAUGGUUCUGGAGUGAAGAAUUCUCUUGUUAAAGACUACCUUAGAAUUUUAAACACAGCGGAAAAGGAUGAGUUAAAGAAGUUAAAGGGAAUUGGAGAGAAGAGAGCAAACUAUAUACUUGAGCUUCGCAAAGAAUCUCCAGAACCUUUCAAGAGUCUCGGUGAUUUGAAAGAUAUUGGACUUUCCGAAAAACAGAUUAAAGGAAUGAUGAAGAAGGAAGUUGGAGAGCUUUUCAAUUAGUUAUAAUGACAUUGUUGAUUCCUUGUAUUAAAAUGAGUUGUGUGUUUUUCAUGUAUGUAUAAAUAAUUCUUUCAUUAUAUAGGAUGAAAUUAUAUAUACGUACGCAAAAUGAGAAAAAGUUAAGAGUCAAUUAUUUAA